ACUUCCGGGGGCGAAGGUGGCGGCAGCGCAAUGGCAGCGCCCAUGGAGCUGAGCUGCUGGGGAGGAGGCUGGGGGUUGCCGUCCGUGCACACCGAGUCCUUGAUCGUCAUGGCCUACGCCAGGUUCUCGGGGGCGCCGCUGAGGGUGAGCGCGGUGGACCACUCCUGGAGCGCGCCGCAAGGAGAUGUACCAGUGUUGAUAUCGGAAGAUGCUGUUAUUGCUCAGCCUGCAAAAAUAUUAAACUACUUGAGAAAACAGAAAUACAAUGCUGAUUAUGAACUAUCUGCAAAACAAGGAGCUGACACACUGGCAUACAUUGCAUUACUUGAAGAAAAACUGCUUCCUGCUAUAUUGCACACAUUCUGGGUUGAGGCGGAAAACUACUGCAGUGUAACCAAGCCCUGGUACGCUUCAAGGAUUCCAUUCCCCCUGCGUUUGUAUCUACCUGGAAAGAUGUCUAGGAAAGCACUUAACAGAAUCCUGCUGAUGAGGGGUGAGCCUCCCCUGUACCGUCUCAAUGACGUAGAAGCACAGAUAUACAGAGAUGCCAAGGAGUGUCUAAAUCUCCUAUCAAAUAGAUUGGGAACGUCUCAGUUUUUCUUUGGAAACACACCUACAACCUUGGAUGCCUUUGUGUUUGGUUUCCUUGCACCUCUUUAUAAAGUGCAUUUCCCCAAAGUCCAAUUACAGGAGCACCUGAAACAACUUCACAACUUGUGUCGCUUCUGUGAUGAUAUCCUGAGUGGCUACUUUAGACUAAGUGUCACAGGCUUUUCUCCAGCUGGACAGGAUACAGUAGAUGCAAAUCUACAGAAACUCACACAGCUUGUAAAUAAGGAAUCCAACUUGAUUGAAAAGAUGGAUGAUAACCUUCGUAAGAGUCCUCAACAUCCCCCUCGGAAGCUGACAACACUCAAGCUUAGUGCAGCCGGGGAGGAAAGCAGUUUGUUGACCCGUUUGUCACCCUGCUAGUUAAUUGCCUAUGAAUAUGCAUUUGCCUUCAAGUUAUCCAAAUGUCAAAAUAUAUAUAUUAUAUAUUUUAUAUAGUCUGAGGGAGUGAAAGAGGUGCAAGUAGGGUUUAAAACCAGAACAGACUGACCCAUACUCUUGGCAUUGCUAUAAGAAAUAGUCCAGUUUGACAAUACUUUAAGUUGAGGUUAGAAUGAUAUCUUAAACCAUGUACUGUAUGAAAUUGCCUUAAUUUCUGCUUUUUAGGUUACCACAUUUGUUGACCAAAAAAGCUAAGAUUUCAUGAUGCUGAACAUACAAUUUACAAGUUUAUUUUUAUGCUUUCUGGUUUUGCUGUGAUUAUGUUACUGCUCAGUCAGGUCACUCUACAGUGCUUUCAGCAUUUUUCUGCAGACUAUAUAAGGAUCUAUUAUACAACUUGGGGAAAAGUUUGGAAGAGUAUGAAAACAUUUCAGUUCCUCUGCAUUAAAGGCAAUAAGAGUGAGGGAUGUUCAUAUUUAACAUGCUUUCACAAGCAGAGCUAUGUCUUGUAUAUUGUAAGAGUAUGUGGGUUCUAAAGCAAUCACAUUGCACUUUGAUACAAAUAUUUAAGUGUGUGAUAGGGGCCGUUAAAAGAUUACCUGAAGAUUGUAGCACCUCACCUCAGACAUGGUACUGAAAUCUGAACUUUCUCAUAGGAGAAUAUUUCAUGCUACAAAACACAGUGGAGAGAAUGGUAAUGUCUUUUAAAAAGAAAAGAGCAGAUGAACAGAUAUGUUGCUGGGCUGGACUGAAAUGCAUUGUGGUGCUUAUUGUGUUAAAAAAAAGUAUGCACAGGCAAAUCCACACAGGCAAAUCCACUUUAUGCUAUAUCUGUUUCUAGCCCAGUCAUUGGUAUCUUGCUAUUAGAAGCACUGUUUAUUUGUGCAAAACAAAAGCUUGUCUAGUCCUAUUCCGUAUUUAGUAAAGUCCAAAGGUCAGAGUUUAAACUGUAAUAUAAUUCUGAAUAUAGUCUUUAUUUAUUUGGUAAAGGAAGAUGCAGGUAUUACAUUUCCCCUUAGCAGCAGCUUUGCCUGUUCUGAAGACCCAGGCAAGUUUUAUUGCUAAAGACUUGAUUCUAAGAUCUUGAUAUAUUGGCAGAUACUUCAUGAAUGAUGUCAUCAGGAAUUUUAAAGGUGCUCAGUCAAAGUGGCAGCUGCUUUUUGUCAAGUGCUAACCUUACAAAUAGGAUUCAGAUGGAUAUGCAUGUAGGGUUACUACUCCAACUUCAUAUUUGCCAAAUCAAAAGAAAGCAGUCUUUCAACAGUUUGCCUUCUAACUACUUGCUAUGUUCUGUAUGUGUAGGUAAACUAUACAGACAAGAAUGUAGAUUGUGUAUAUACUGUAAUUUUAGUCUAUGAAUUGAUUAAAAGAAUGUAAUAAUCUUAACUUUAACGUAUAUUUAUAAAUAAAACUGGGGGUUUUCAAUGGACACUGCGAUAUAAACUACGUUUCAUGCUACUUCUAGAAUGUUUUAAUAUUUGGAAAACAUUUCAUAACUUAGUGGAGUAAACUGACAAUCUUACAGAUGUAAAAAAUUUGGCUUCAGACUCUCUUUUAUUGUCUGUAUCUUGACAAAGGAUUUAUAAUGUUGCAUGACUUCUCCAAAGUUCUUGUCUGUUAAACAUGUAAUGAUUUUGUUAACUGUCCCUGUGUAUAUGCAUGUUUGCCCUUGAAAAUUUCUCUUUGUAAAAGAUAAGCUAUAUGCUUGCUUUGAAAUUAAAGGCUUUGGAGUUUUUAGUAGCA